AAAUCUUCAAAGAAGUCCACAACGCUGCGCCACCACUACCCCUCUCUCUCUCUCUCUCUCUCUCUCUACAAUGAAGGCCUCCAACAUUCCGCACCACCGCCCCCACUUCCUCCACGGCGGCGCCGCAGCCACCUUCACUCUCCUCCCUAAACCACACCUCCGCCCACCCGCCGCCGCCGCCUUCUUCCCCAUCCGCAUGUCCCUCCGCGACGACGCCCCCUCCCUCGCCGUCGUCGGCGUCACCGGCGCCGUCGGCCAAGAAUUCCUCUCCGUCCUCUCCGAUCGCUCCUUCCCCUACCGCUCCAUCAAAAUGCUCGCAUCGAAGCGAUCCGCCGGAAAACACCUCACCUUCGAGGGAAAUGACUACGUCGUUGAAGAGCUGACUCCGGAGAGCUUCAAUGGCGUCGACAUUGCUCUGUUCAGCGCCGGUGGAUCGAUUAGCAAGAAGUUUGGGCCGAUCGCGGUGGAUUGUGGUUCAAUUGUUGUGGAUAACAGUUCGGCUUUUCGAAUGGAUGAGAAUGUGCCGCUUGUGAUUCCGGAAGUGAAUCCGGAGGCUAUGGCGCAUAUUAAGCUUGGGAAUGGAAAGGGGGCUUUGAUUGCGAACCCUAAUUGUUCCACUAUUAUAUGCUUGAUGGCUGCCACUCCUCUUCAUCGACACGCGAAGGUAUUGCGCAUGGUUGUGAGUACGUACCAAGCAGCUAGUGGUGCUGGUGCUGCUGCAAUGGAGGAGCUUGAGCAGCAGACUCGUGAGGUCCUGGAAGGAAAGCCUCCAACUUGUAAUAUCUUCAAUCAACAGUAUGCUUUUAAUCUCUUCUCUCACAAUGCACCUAUCCUGUCAAAUGGCUACAAUGAAGAGGAAAUGAAACUAGUAAAAGAGACCAGGAAAAUCUGGAAUGACAUGAAUGUCAAAGUAACUGCCACAUGCAUAAGAGUUCCUGUUAUGCGUGCACAUGCUGAGAGUGUGAACCUCCAAUUUGAGAACCCCCUUGAUGAGGACACAGCAAGGGAUAUUCUAAAGAAUGCACCUGGUGUAGUAGUUAUCGAUGAUCGGGCAGCCAAUCGCUUCCCUACCCCCUUGGAAGUGUCAAACAAAGACGAUGUUGCAGUUGGCAGAAUACGCCGCGAUGUGUCCCAGGAUGUAAACUAUGGGGUGGACAUCUUUGUUUGUGGUGAUCAAAUAAGGAAAGGAGCUGCUCUUAAUGCUGUUCAGAUUGCAGAGAUGUUGCUGUAGGUCAGAUCCAAUUCUGCUAGCAUGUUCAUUAUGUGAAAUAAUUAUAUUCGGCUAGCAUGUUCAUUAUGUGAAAUAAUUAUUUGGUGGGAAUAAAUUAUUUUGUUCGGAAGCUAAUAGUUAUUUCGCAAAUGCGGAUGCCAUUAACCUGGCGAGAGAACAAAUUUUAGCACUUGUAGCAGAAACAGUUAAGGUAGUUGGAUUUUGUAUUAUUUUUAAGGUGGUGUAGUCUGCAGUGAACUUUUGUCCAAACAGUUUUGUAUCAUAUGUAACUUUCUCUUUUCUCUC